CUUUCAUUCAUUGCUUGCUAGCAGAUUAGUUACUGUUGAGAUUCAAAGCUAUUCGGUUUGUUUCAUUACAUUUCGCUUUUUAUAUUCGUAUAAGUGACAGUGAAAUAAACUCAAAAUAUCAACUUAAUGGAAGAUUGAAGCAGAUUGGAUCAUUGAGUUGAAGAAUAUUAUAAAUAAUUAAAUAUGAUCAAUGAAUAGAAACGAAAGAGAAAUGGUUUGGAAAUAGCAUAAAAUUACUACCGAGCAUAUUAUUUGUGAAGAUAUUGAUAAACGAGCUUAGAAAAGUUCAAGUUUUUUUUUCAUAUUUGAUUGCUUUUGUGCGUGUAAAUUAGAUAAAUAUAUUAAAAGUUUAGAAAAGUGAUAAAUAAUUCAUCAAACUUAAUAGAAUGUACAUUAAGAUUUAUUUAAUAUUUUGGGUUUUUUCAUCCAUACACAUUCUACCAAUUAAAUUAACUCAGGGAGGUAAGCAAACACUGCAAACAUUUUAAAAAAUGUUUCUUGAACUCUCAUUUCAUUUUACCCUUCCGUAAAGUUAAGAAAUCCACAAAAUAUUUUGUUAUAAUUUUUUUUUGCAGCAUUAAAGUUUACUUUCACAUUGCCUGUGCAUAGAACUAAAAAUUUAAAUCUUUCACAAAUGCAUGGACAUCACAAAAAUUUUAAUGAUAUGAGAAUGCACAUCAAACAUGUACUUAAUAUUCACUAUGAAAAUUCAACAUUAGAUGAGUACAUUUCAAAAGUUUUUAAUCUUCAAAACAUAAAUCCUACAUAUGUUUUUCAAAUGCCUGAUGGGAACAAUAGAACAUUAACUUUAAGGAAGUCUGAUUUUAUUUCUCCGAUUUUCCCAAACAUUACAAACAUCAAUAAGCUUACGAAAGUAAAUCUAAAACCAACAUCGUCAAAUAGACAACAAAUCAAAAUGAAAAGUGAAGAAAUUCUAGACGAGUUAAGGAACGAAAAAUUGAUUUUUCAAAAAAAUCUAGAUGGAAACUUUGACGAUGUUGAUUAUGAUGAUAACAUGAAAAUGAUAGUGCAGAAAAAUGUCGAGUCAGAAAAAGAUUUCGAAACAUUGUUAAACGAACUUAAUGAAGAUUUAGACUAUGAAGAUGCAAAGAAAGAAAAGAAUUAUUUAAAUCAAUCACAAAAGAAAAAUACUAAAACCACGACCGUAAAAGAUGAGUGGAGUGAAUUAGGUCUUGAUGGCUGGAGUGGAUUAAUGACAAAGUCGAAAGAUAAUUUACCAAAAAAAGAUAGAUUAAAGUUUUUGAAAAAGCCUCAAACAGCUUUUGUUCCUUUUACCGAAAAUGUUGAUCCAUUAUCGAACAAGCAAAGGAAGCCUCAAAAACAAGAGGUAACAUCAAACGAAUCAGCUUUGGAAAUGGAGGAAUAUGCUGAUCAGAUAGCAACAAUUUUACUGGAUAACGAGAAGGUUAUACUUAAUAAAACAGGAAGAAUUCCGAAUGUUCGUUGGCCAAUUACAACAUCUCGUGAUCAACAUCGAGAUAGUGAUGUAUUUAUUGCUCGUGCCAACAAUCCUUUUGGUCAUUCAACAAAAUGGAAAUACAGGAAUUCGACUGACAAUGAAAGCUUUUAUAGAGAAGGAAGAUCAAAAAGAGGAGUUCUUCAUCUUUAUUCAAUGAUAAAGUGUGCAACUGGUUGUGAUCCUCUUCAGUACAAAGGUUAUGGUUGUUAUUGUGGAUUUUUGGGUUCGGGACGAGCAUUAGAUGGAAUUGAUAGAUGUUGCAAAGCACAUGAUUUUUGCUACAGUAACGCAAAUUGUUUCUUUUACACAGAAUACUUAGUACCUUAUCUUUGGAAGUGCUAUAAAGGAAAACCUUUGUGUGCAAUUGAUAAUGGAGAAUUUGGCGGACCUUUCAGUUGUGCAACAAAAUUGUGUGAAUGCGAUAGAGCUCUAUCAAAAUGUUUGAGGCAUUAUUAUUGUCCAAGAAAACGCUCAGUUUGCACUUCAAAUCCAUUUAGAUUACUUCAAAAUCUUGUGAUGGUUUUUUAAACUUUAAAUCAUUUAAAAUAUGACUUCGAAAAGUUCGAUGCUGAUGAAAAUGUCCAGUUUAUUUACAAAUUUUCGGACUAUUACAAUCACAAAAUUAAUCACUAGAAAAAACAGAAUUUAAAUCUAAAAAAAAGGCCAUUAUUUAAUUUUGCUCUAAAAAUGAAUAAAGUUUUAUUCAUUAAAUUUUAUUUUUUGUUUUGGAUCUUUUUCAAUUAUUAUUUUUUCAGAUUUUAUAGAUUUACAAAAGUUUAUUUAAGUAUUGCAAGAGUAUUUUUCUUCAUUUUUCUUCAUUUUCUUAAAUUUAAUUUUCCUUUCAUCGUGUUAAUGCCAUUGGAAAAUUUUAAUAAAAAAAAGGCACAAAAUUUUUGGUAGGACGAAUCAACAAUUAAUUAUUCAUGCAAUAAUUUUUUGGGGUCUCUAAUUUUCUGCAUAAUGCUACAAAAAUAUAAAGUAAGUUUUGGAGUGAAAAACAGAGCAUUUUUCAAUUAAACCAAUUGAUUUUUUAAAAAAAACUUCUCCUUUUAUUCGUAUAAAAAAUAUAAUUUAAAGACCCUAUACUAUUUAGCAUCAAAUUACAGCUGUACUAAAAUUAAAGCUGUAGAUUACAAAUGAACUUACGUCGUUACGUAAAAAUCAAAUUAUAUGUAGCAUAAUGUAUAAAAAUAACAUACAGCUGUAAAUACAGAUGGUUUUUAUAGCUUAGACAAGUGCUUAGCUGUACUUAUAGUUGAUGUAAUUUUUCGUAAAUUCUGCUAGCUUUGACUAUGAUUUUUCCUUUUACAAAAAUAUUGAAUAGAAAACAAGGUACAGGUUCUAAAGGGUUGGUUCUAUCCCGAAUUGCACAAGUUGGUAAAUUAAUCAGAAAUUCGGCCUCAACUUUGUGUGACUCUCGCAUGGUGCUGGAUUUAAAUCGAAGCCAUUCGUAUUUCCUAGUUUGUUUACUAUCAUUGUAAAUGAUUUUGUUUCCCUAUUUUAUUCUUGUAUUAUUUAUAUUUUAUAAACUUUUGCACUCUCCUAUUCCUCGUUUUAUAUUCAAUCUUUUUGUAAAAGGAAAAAUCAUAGUCAAAACCAGCAGAAUUUACGAAAAAUUACAUCAACUGUAAGUACAGCUAAGCACUUGUCUAAAUUUUAAACACCAUCUGUAUUUACAUCUGUAUUUGCUGUAAAUUACAGCUGUAAUUUGAUUUUUACGUAACGACGUAAGUACAUCUGUAAUCUACAGCUGUAAUUUUAGUACAGCUGUAAUUUGAUGAUAAAUAUUAUAGAGUAAUUUAAAGAACUUUAAUUGGUAUUUUGAUUUCUUUUCUUUUUUCAUUUUAAUUGAAAUAUUUCUAUGGAGUGAUAUAUAUUUUCAAGUUUUAUAUUUGUUAUAUAAAAUUUAAAUUGAAUUAAUUUUGAAACAUACAAAAUAAUUUACAUUGUCAAUCUUCAUAAAAAUUGAAUUUAGUCUUGAAAAUUUGGACGAGGAAUGGGAAUUUUCAUGAUCACUGAAUUCAUUUGUAAAUUUUUCCUUCAUCCUUACUUAGUUAAUAUUUUGAUUGACAAAUUCAUUAGUACUCAAAGUUAUCGAUUUAAUAGUACAAAAUGCCAGCAGAAUCUUGUCUUACAUCAGAGUUAAGUUACUUAAUUGAUUUCAAAAUAUUUCCAUGGAGUUACUUCACAACACGAAAAAAAGGAUUCCAACUUUUCAUGUACUUAUUCGCGAAGGGAGAGAAAAUUAAUUACUCAUUAUGACUGGCUCUUCAAGUUAUAUAUCAAGAAAUCAUUUAAUUUAUACGAUUUAAAAGAAAUCAUAGCAAAGUCUCAAUCGAAUACUGAAUUUAAAAAAAAAUGUGUUUUGAAAUUUAUUAAGUAUAAACCCAUGUUAAUUUUUAAUUCUACUAGCAUUUUUAUUCUAUUAUAUCGAUGCAGAAUCAACAAUUUUAAUUUUUUAUAAAUAUGUUAAAGCUGAUCUUUUUCAUAAAGUACGUCAGACAAAAACUCUCGACUUUAAUUUUAAACGAAAUUCAUUUUAUUUGAUAUAACCUUCUUUUUUAUAUUUUGAUAAAAUUAAUUAUCCAAAAAAAAAAAAAAAACUAUAAGUAUAGCUGGCAUAUUUUUAUGAUCCUCAACGAAUCUCGUGAAAAGCUCUAAUGAGCAAUCUUUUGUACGGUUUUGGAAAUGAGGUAUAUUUAAUAAAGUUUGAUUUAAUCUCCUCCAUAGUUUUCUCGUAAUUUGCUUAAAACCAAUCAGUAAUGAUUAAAUUUAGUACGAAUCAUUCAAGGAAUCACAAUCAAUUCUUUUUCUCAUCUUAAAAUUGCAAUAUUAGAUUUGCUACUCUAGGCAAAAUUAAUAUUGUUCAACUUGUCGCAUUUUCGACUAUUCCUGAGUUAAUAUACAAUCGCAAUUUUUUAUAAUUUAAAUAAAUGCUUUAAACUUUAUAUAAAGCUAAAUUAUUUAAUCUUUGCAUGCCUUCCUUUGAAGUCGUUUAAAAUGACGUACAACUUUGUAGAUAUUCUCUUAGUACACUCUACUUGAAUUAUUGCUUUGUUUUCUCUAUAUAAGCCAAAGUAGGGGCUUUUAGUUUACCUACUUAAAGUAAUUUAAAAAGUUUUAAAUUACCUUCUCUAAGCAAUUUGCAAUACCUGCAUAGUUUUGAAUAAAAAAAUUUGUUAUACUAAAGAACCUUAUUUGACGUAUGUAAAGGAGAUGCUUAGGAAAGGGAAACAAAAAGUUUUUAAUUGUCGAAAUCCUUUACUAAUCCAAAUUUUUCGUAAUUAACGGAUAGAGGCUUAUAUCGAGAAAACAUGAUACAUGCAAUUUUACUCGCACAAGUUUCUUGCAUACAAAUGUUUCUUA